AUAUAUCAAGCUCUCCUGAAGGUGAGGGACCGAGUCGAUGCCUGGUCUACCAUUAGCUCUCUUUGACUAACCCGGAUAUGCAGGUAGUGGCUGUUCACCCUGACUAUGUUCUUCGCGCUCAGGUGCUGCACGACAUGAAAAAUCGAUGGUACAAUGUAACGCCUGCCGCUGCAGUCAGCAUUAUUGUCGGCCUCCUACGGGAAGGCCAAUAUGAACUUGCGCUCUUUAAACUAGAGGAGUUGAAUAAGAGGCCUAUCAACGUGCCCCCUUGGCUGCUGGAUCUAUUCCUCUAUACAUUUGGAGAGUUAAGUUUCCAUGAAGAAACUCUUGCCAUACUCAAGUACCGUCAAAGAGUAGUAGAUGUCGUAAAACGAGCACCACUGUCCCUGAAUGCCUGGCACUUUCUCCUAGACGUGUUCAGUAGAGAUGCCUUCCAGCCUGGCAUCAAGUUCAUAUGGGACCAUUCAGUCACGCCUGGCCACAUUCAUCCACCUAAUGGUGUGGUAAUGAAUGUUUUGAACUCCGCAUCAGUGCACGGAGACGCUGAAUUAUCCAUGAAUGCAAUUCACGAACUUUCCACACGCGGCGUGAAGCUGGGUAUGCACCACUACGAGGCCCUUAUCCAUGUUCACAUACAGCAUGACGAUCUGCCAAAAGCACUGACUAUCCUUUGUAUUAUGGCCAAAGCAGGGCUAUCUCCUGACUUAGCUAGUACUCGGUCGAUAUCCCAUUUGCUUCGCAAUUCGUCCACGUCUACUGAUAAAGCACUUCGAAUACUUCAUGAGCUCAAGGCGGAAUAUACCAUACCCUCGGCCGCUUUCAACGUCGUCCUAGAAUCUGUUGCAGCCCAUGGAAAUUUCAGGAUCGCGUUUGAUUUGUACAGGUCUAUACGUCAAGUGUGUAUAAAGGGCCCAGACAUACAAACCUUCGAAAUCCUACUCCAGUACUGCACACAGAAAAAGUCCAUGGACUUUUUACUUGCUGAGAUGGAAGCUUUCUCGCUGAAGCCGACUAGGUCUAUUCUGGAUCGCCUAAUAAGAAUAUGCACAAUGCAAGAUGAUUACGAAUUGGCUUUCCGUUAUCUAGAAAUGAUGCGCGCUCAUACGCUUCCGAAUUCAUCUGAGACAUGGUGGAUGAGUAGGAGCUCCGCCAUAGCUCUUCUUCGGCGGUGUCUUCAAGCUCGAGACCUAAGAUUCAAGGAUAUAUUAGGAGAAUGUCGUCGUCGAUCAGUCCUGCAUGAUCGUGAUAUCAAAUCUUUGGUGUCUGCAGCGGCAAAGCCUAACAGCAUGGACUCACCGGAACAAGACCCGGCAAGACUACCUCUCUCUAAUUCAAUAACUGGAUAGAUACAACUACAAUACCGGUGGUAAACCCAAAUAUAUAGUUCAAAUUCGAUAGCUCUGACGUUAUCCCCGCAUUUGCUGCGCGUUCAAUUAUUGUGACGGUGAUACGUUGUACGUCGGACAUAUUACUAGGCUUGACAGCCGCAUGUACCUAUAUACAUCAUGAUCCUAGCUUAUACGCAAUCUUACUCCUCCAGGCCACCGAAACCGCUCUUCCGCCUAUGUCACUAUUGGAAGCCUAUGUAUCACAAUAUAUGAAAUGUUUCCAUCUAAUACGAAGGUUCGGUCCGCUAUAUCUGGGUAUGUGCUAUAUGGGGUGUACAGUAAAACUG